AUGGUGCAAGUUCAAGUAAAUGAGGGUAUACUGGAGGGGGAGGAGGUCCAGAAUGAGUACGGAGGGACUUUCUACAGCUUCAGAGGUGUCCCGUAUGCUCAACCGCCGGUGCGAGAUCUUAGGUUCAAGGCACCACAACCACCACUGCCGUGGUCUGGCAUCAGGGAUGCUACCAAAUUCGGACCAGUAUCCUACCAGUAUAACUUAUGGGACCCUGACCAACCACUAAAUAUGGACGAAGAUUGUCUAUAUUUGAACGUUUAUACUCCAGAAAUAAAGCCCAGUAGUCUUCUCCCAGUCAUGUUCUUUAUACACGGAGGUGGAUUUUUAGCUGGAAGUGAGCCUUACAAAGCUGACAAUCUUGUCUGCCACGGGGAUGAUUUGGCAUAUUUGUUCCCUUUGAAAAGUUUUCUGGAGAAAGUCGACAUCAAAUCUGAGACAUUUAGGAUGAUUAAUAAAGUUGGCAAGCUUUGGACAAACUUUGCAAAAUACGGGAAUCCUACUCCAACUUCUGAUGAAAGCGUCGAAGUGGAAUGGAAGCCGUUCACCUUGGAGAAGCAAGAGUACAUGGAUAUUGGUGCCACGCUGAAGGUGGACUCGGAACCUGAAAAGGAAGAAAUUGAGUUUUGGGAGAGAAUCUUUAAAAAAUAUUUACCGAAAUAUACUGUUUGA